AUGAUUGCCUGCGAUUGGGGUUGGGGCACCCUGGCUUGCGGGGUCCGGUCCCCGCCCACGAGUCCCCGAGGCCGCCCGCCGGCGGCGGUGGCGGCGGAAGCGACCCGCAACGCUGUUUGUCUUUUUAGGUAUCUAAAGGAGUUUAGGACAGAGCAGUGCGCCCUGUUUGUGCAGCACAAGUGCGCCCAGCACAGGCCAUUUACCUGUUUCCAUUGGCAUUUCCUAAAUCAGCGUCGGCGCAGACCGCUCCGCAGGCGGGACGGCACCUUCAACUACAGCCCGGACGUGUACUGCUCCAAGUACGACGAGGCCAGCGGCGUGUGCCCCGACGGCGACGAGUGUCCGUACCUGCACCGGACGACCGGGGAUACGGAGCGCAAGUACCACCUGCGCUACUACAAGACGGGCACGUGCAUCCACGAGACGGACGCCCGGGGCCACUGCGUGAAGAACGGGCUGCACUGCGCCUUUGCACACGGCCCGCUGGACCUGCGGCCGCCCGUGUGCGACAUCAGGGAGCUACAGGCACAGGAAGUCUGGCAGAACGGCCAGCUCUGCGGUGUGGAUGGCAUCCCUGACCUGCAGCCCGGGGUCCUGGCCAGCCAGGCCAUGAUUGAGAAGAUCCUGGGUGAGGACCCCCGGUGGCAAGACACCGACUUUGUGCUGGGCAGCUACAAGACGGAGCAGUGCCCAAAGCCUCCGCGGCUGUGUCGCCAGGGCUACGCGUGUCCUCACUACCACAACAGCAGGGACCGACGGCGAAAUCCCAGGAGGUUCCAGUACAGGUCCACCCCGUGUCCCAGCGUGAAGCACGGUGACGAGUGGGGCGAGCCCGCAAGGUGUGACAGCGGGGACAGCUGUCAGUACUGCCAUUCCCGCGCGGAGCAGCAGUUCCACCCCGAGAUCUACAAGUCCACCAGGUGCAACGACAUGCGGCAGACCGGCUGCUGCCCGCGGGGCCCCUUCUGCGCCUUCGCCCACGCGGACAAGAGCCUCGGGAUGGCCAACGGCUGGGGCUGCCGAGACCUGGCCCCCGCCCCUGCCAGCAGCUCCGCGGCCAGCAGCGGCCAGCCCGCACACGCAAAGCGGCGAGAGUCCCCUGCCGAGGGCAGCCACAGGGCCGGCGAGCAGGACAGCAAGCAGAACCACCUGUCAGUGUCCACGGUGGCUCACCCGCUCGCCCCCAGCGUGGGUUCCAGCGUGGCGUCCAGCCUGGCGUCCAGCGCCGGCUCCGGCAGCUCCUCCCCGACCGCCCUGCCCACCCUCCCGGCCCGCGCCCACCCGCUCGAGCCCCCCGGCGGUGCUGCCGAGCCCGCCCCAGGUUCUGUGCCGGGUCUUCAGCUCCGUGACGUCGGCCUCACAGCCCUAGACCGAGAGCUGGAGGAGCGUGACAGCGGCGACCUGGGCCCAACAGGUCCAAGGUCACUGGGGGGCUCGGCCCCCGUCACCAUCCCGGGCUGCCUGCCCCGCUCCCCAUCCCUGCACUCGUCCUCAUCGCUGUCCACCUCCCCGCUCAGCUCGCUCUCCCAGUCCCUGUCGGGGCCUCUCGUCUCCUCGGCCAUGACGCCCCCCCAGCAGCCCUGCGGCACGGGCGACAGCCAGACCCCGACUCCUGCCACGUUCAGGAAGUAG